CCCAUCACAGGGUUAAAGGUACAGUAGCGUGCGUCAGCUGAUGCGUAGCGUCACGUAAGGAGCGCGGGGGGGCCGGAGGGGGCGGAGGCUGCCGGUCCUGCACUGAGCUUGUGGCUGCAGCUCUGCAGCUUCCUGCCCUCUGCCGCUCCUCACAAACGGCUCAUUCUCAUCGCUGCUGAUCAUGUGCCUCUCUCUCUGGCUGUCUCUGGCUGCGCAGCAGGAAGUUAGCCUAGUUUUCUUCCCUUUGCUUUUCUUUUCUCCCUCCUCUUGACAUCCCCUCUCGCAGCAUUACUAUCUCUCCCCUCUUUUUCUAUCUUUUCGUGCCGCGGCUCUCUCCUCCACUCUGCGGGACGCGAGCGCCGAGAGGCUGGCUCUGUGAAGCCGGAGAGCGGCGGCGAACACCGGGACAAGCCCCUCCGCUCCGCUCCCUCCUCCCCCGGCCAGGGAGAGCAGGUUCAUGGAGGCCCCGGUGGAGGAGAAGGAGCCGUCGCUGAUGGACAAGUCUCUCCCUCUGCCUACCUUGAGCCCGGCCGUGCCCCCCUACGUCACUCUGGGCCUGACGGUGGUGUACACCGUCUUCUACUCCCUCCUCUUCCUCUUCAUCUACGUCCAGCUCUGGCUGGUCCUGCGGUACCGGCACAAGCGCUUCAGCUACCAGACUGUGUUCCUGUCCCUGUGCCUGCUGUGGUCGGCCCUGCGCACCGUGCUCUUCUCCUUCUAUUUCAAAAACUUUGUGACAGCCAACACUCUGGGACCGUUUCCCUUCUGGCUGCUGUACUGCUUCCCUGUCUGCCUUCAGUUCUUCACCCUCAGCCUCAUGAACCUUUACUUUGCACAGGUUGUUUUCAAGGCCAAGUCCAAAUAUGCACCAGAGCUUUUGAGAUACAGGCUGCCACUGUACCUGAUCUUCCUGUUCAUCAGCCUGGUGUUUUUAGUAGUAAAUCUGGUGUGUGCCCUGCUGGUGAGGAUGUCCUCUGCAGAAGCUCACACUGUCGUGCUCGUGAGGGUCGCCAUCAACGACUCGCUGUUCGUCCUGUGUGCCAUCUCGCUCUCCUUGUGUCUUUACAAGGUGGCCAAGAUGUCACUGGCCAACAUUUACCUGGAAUCCAAAGGGACGUCAGUGUGUCAGGUGACAGUUAUAGGAGCCAUCGUCAUCCUCCUGUACUCCUCCAGGGCCUGCUACAAUCUGGUCGUCCUGGGACUCUCGAAUAAAAGUAUUAACUCCUUUGACUACGACUGGUACAACGUUUCAGACCAGGCAGAUUUACAGUCGACCCUGGGUGACGCUGGCUACAUCGUCUUCGGGGUGAUUUUGUUCGUAUGGGAGCUGCUCCCCACUUCUCUUGUAGUUUUCUUUUUCAGAGUUCGGCAGCCUGACCUAGACAGGAGUGGCUCUGGACUUCCUGGUCACGUCUUCUCCUCCAGGGCUUAUUUCUUCGACAACCCACGGCGGUAUGACAGCGACGAUGACCUGGCGUGGAGCGUCAUGCCUCAGAACAUCCAAGCCAGUCUGGCUGCUGACAGUUACGAGUGGGGGAGCCAAAGCAGCAGCGGCAUCGGCGCCUACAUCGGAGGAGACGACAGUUACCACCUCCCACCUCCUCCAGAGGAGCUCAGCCAUUACUGAUAGCUGGAGUUCAGUGCCUCCUGCUAAUCUCUUUUGGCUUUUUUAUUUGUAUAUUUUUGCACAGUCUCUCUUAGUGACGGAGGCACAUGGGGCCGAAAGUCGCCCUCUACUCGACACAUUCAGACUUCUCUUUUGUCCAGAGAAGAAGAACUAACAGACUUUUCUGCCAGUAUAUGAAAGUCCACUGAUGGGACAUUAAUUUUGCACACUCCUUGUACAAAGCGACCUAAUUUUGAGUGCUUUUAAACAUUUCCAGUGUAUAGUUUAUAUUGAAUACUACUUAAUAUAUUUCCUGACUUUUGUAAUACUGUAUGUACUCUAUUACUAUUUUAUGUACUGUCCUUUUUCAUACAGAUGUGUUUAUUAUAUAGAGAUAUUCAUUUAAUUGAUAUUAAAAGUUUAAAUGCUGUGAAAGGUGCAGUGAAUUUUUAAUAACACACCAGCACGACUAAACACUCAAUCAGGAAACAGAUUACUUUGGUAUGUAACAAAUAAUUCUUGAAUCCUGAAUCACACCACAGAGAGGUUUACAUAACACUUUUAUAUUACAUAAUUAUUCUUUAAUAAACUGCUUA